AGAGAGAGAGAGACUCACUCUUUUUUGGUUUUUCUGUAUCUCUCUCUCUGUCUUUCUUUCCUUUUCUCCUUCGCUUUUGGUCAGCUUUACAGAUCCAAUGACAGAGAACAAAAAACAAAAACAAAUCACUCUCUCUCUCUCUCUCCACUACUAACCCAAAAUCAUGCUCUCAAUCACACAUCUAACUAACCCCACCUCAUGAAUUAGCCUCUAAUAUAUAUACUCAAAAAUAUAUAUAUAUUUUUUGAACUCAGAUUUUGUGUCUGAAACUGUUGAAAACCUAAAAAUGGCGACAAGAGGGAGCAGAUCAGAGAAGGUGAAGAGAAUUUUCCAACAAUUCGAUGUGAACCGCGACGGAGGUCUCAACCGAGAGGAAAUGGCGGCGCUAGUGGUGGCGGUGAACCCUAGAGUCAAGUUCAGCGACGAGCAAAUCAACGCGAUUCUCGACGAGGUUUUCCGGACCUACGGCGAGUUCAUCGACGGCGAGAACGGUUUAACCUACGAAGGGCUUUUGCGGACCUACGACGACGGUGCCGGUGACGUGGACCGUGACUUCGACGCGCUGGGGUUGGAGCUCAAUUUGGAUGAAGCCAAAGGCAUUUCGGAAGCUUCGUCGUCUUCGAUAGCCGAUGAGAGAGCACUCGGCCUCGAGAGUCAGAAGAAGCAGAGAAUCGCAGCCUGGGCGAUCUCGCCGAACCACGGGAUCGUAUUCGACGACACGUGGAAGAUAGUCGAGGACAUGGAGAUUUUGAUAAAGAGGUUGAAAUCGAAGCAAGCGAAAGAUGGGAAAUUGAGAGGUGAGAAUUUCGAUGCGUAUUCAGAUGCUGGUUGGUCAAGGGAGCUAGGACCUUCGACUGAGAUUUCAGACAAAAGGGUGUUUUGGGAAGAGUCUGGAGCUGACUAUGCACUGUUUGUGAAGGAGUUAGGGGUUUUGAGAAGCCGAGCCGAUGGGGCGAGGUCUAGAGAGGAAGCUUUUGAUGGGCACAUGGCAAUUGGUAGAGUUUUGUAUGAACACCAAUUGUUUAAAGAAGCAUUGGUGAGUUUCAAAAGGGCUUGUGAAUUGCAACCUGUGGAUGUGAGGCCACAUUUCAGAGCUGGGAAUUGUCAUUAUGUGCUUGGGAAUCACAAGGAGGCGAAAGAGGAGUUUUUGUUGGCGUUAGAGGCCGCGGAAAACGGUGGGAAUCAAUGGGGUUAUUUGCUUCCACAGAUUUAUGUCAAUCUCGGCAUUGCGCUGGAAGGUGAAGGUAUGGUUUUAAGUGCUUGUGAGUACUAUAGAGAAGCUGCUAUACUUUGUCCUACACAUUUUAGAGCUUUGAAAUUGUUGGGUAGUGCUUUGUUUGGGGUAGGGGAGUAUAGGGCAGCUGUUAAGGCUUUAGAAGAGGCUAUAUUUAUGAAACCGGAUUAUGCUGAUGCACAUUGUGAUUUGGCAUCGGCUUUACAUGGUAUGGGUGAGGAUGAGAGGGCAAUUGAGGUUUUUCAGAAGGCUAUUGAUUUGAAACCCGGUCAUGUGGAUGCUUUGUACAAUUUGGGUGGGCUUUAUAUGGACUUGGGUAGGUUUCAGAGAGCUUCGGAGAUGUAUACUAGGGUUUUGGCUGUGUGGCCGAAUCAUUGGCGGGCACAGCUUAAUAAGGCUGUGUCUUUGUUGGGAGCUGGGGAAACUGAGGAUGCUAAGAAAGCUUUGAAGGAAGCAUUGAAAAUGACGAACAGGGUUGAGUUGCAUGAUGCAAUAUCACAUUUGAAACAGCUGCAGAAAAAGAAGGUGAAGUCAAAUAAUGGGGGUGCCAAUGGGGAAGGAUCAUUUAUCAUUGUGGAACCCUUAAAAUUUAAGACUGUGGGGGAGAAAACCAUGUUGAGACAGGACUUGGCAUGUGCUCUUCAAAUUAGGGCCUUUCAGAGGAUCACUAGGUUGGGUCGUUGUGAUUUGGAGGUUCUGAAGAAGGAAAUGAUUGAAGGUGAUGUGCCGGUGUCUUAUUCUGGUAGUGGCAUUCCGGAGAAAUCCAUACGUAAACCUAUCUUGGAAGAAAUUCUCCGCCGUUUACUUAAUUUCCUGAAGCCUGAGACUUUCCAAGGAGCUGUCAAAGCCAUAAACGAGAGGAUACUGUCUGUCUUGGAUGAAGCGGGUUCAGGCAGGGUGGAUUUGGGCAUGUUUUUUGCUGUCCUUGCACCCAUUUGUAGUGGCCCUCCUGAGAAACGCAAGCGUGUGGCUUUUGAUGCUCUUUUGUGGCGUCCUGUGAAUGAAGGCAUCUCGCAGAUUAAAAGGGUUGAUGCUGUCAGAUAUGUCAAAUUAUUGAGAGCUAUCUUUGUCCCUUCUCAAGGGGUUAGUGAGAUGCUGGAAAUCCAUGGAGAAACAGAUGCUUCACUGAUGUCUUACACUGAAUUUCUUGUCAUGUUUGAUGAUCCUGAUUGGGGUUUCGGUAUCAUGCCCACUCUGUUGAAGCUUGAAACCGGAGAUAGGAACCGACAUGGCCAACAUGUUUGCUCUGUUUGCCGCUACCCAAUUAUCGGGUCCCGCUUCAAGGAGAUGAAAUCUCAUUUUAGUCUCUGCAAUCAAUGUUACAGUGAGGGAAAGGUGCCUUCUACGUACAAGCUGGAGGAGUACAGAUUCAAAGAGUAUGGAAGUGAGGCUGAAGCGAUGAAAGAUAAGUGCAUGUGCUUUAAUGUGCAAUCGCAUAAUGGUCCAUAGCUAGAAGAAUUUAAAAGUUUUUCUGUAUUAUCUCAUCAUGUUAUUCUAGUUGUUAAGUGUGAGAUAUAUAGUUCAUCAAUGUGUUCAGCAAGCAUCAUGCCCUUGUAUAAUAAAAUGUUUCACGUGGUUGCUCUCAAUUGUUGUUAUCUAAUAGCAACUGUAGGAUCCCUCUCCCUUCCCCUUUUUUUCUUCUCCCAACAUUCGUGGUGUAUAUUACCUUAAUGAUUUUUGAUUCUUUGUGUAGAAUUUAUUUUAACUGAU